AUGUAUCAUCCGGUGCUCUUCGCUUUGGCCAGUUGCCUAUUCCACCAAUUUGCCAAUGCCGAUUUUUUUCCACGGGCCGCUCUAGUCCCUGGAAAUUUGCACCCGCGAGGAGCCGAGCUGGUAUGCCCUGAGACCUUACAAACCGCCUGCCCCGGGGGAAUAGGAUGCUGCCCAACUGGUGCGGCGUGUGUUGAAGUGAUGGGCGCACCCCAAUGUGGAGGAGCAAUCGCAACAAGCGCGUCCUCGCUCAGUAUUAAUCCCGGUGGCCCAAUCAUUACCACCUCAGCUUCAACUAGCUCCAGCGUGACCGCCACCACAGAGACCUCAACGGCAAGCACCUCCCCAUCCAUGACGUCCUCGUCCAUGACAUCCUCGUCUAUGUCCUCAUCCACCUCAUCUUCCACGACGGCGUCCUCAGGCAGUUCAACUCCGGGCCAAGCGUCACCAAGCCCCAGUUCUGGAAUGGCCAGUCUCUCUCGACUUGAGAGCACAUCGUGGAUGGCAAUUAUGCUUUGGAUCACCAAUCUACUCUUCGCUGCGUAG